GGUGAAGUUUAUUCAGCAAAUUCCAAACAGAUCCUUUGUGCUGAUGACGACAUUUGAUGAAGGAAGCACCAAGCUCAAGCCUGAGGCCAAGAAGGAAAUAGAGAAUCUUGGCAGUACUCUUAUCAAUAAAAUUGCUUUCCGUGCCAGUUGGGUCUUCUUGGGAGCAAAGGGGUUUACACUCCCAGAUGUCUUAAAUAAGGAGAAGAUCUAUUUAUCGGACAAAAAAACUAACAAAUAUCGGGGCUGGCCAACAGAGGUACAAAUAGAUGGAUGUGUUCCACAGCAGUAGAACCAUGUGAUUCCAUAUAACUGUAAAGUAUCAUUGAUUUUGUACCUGUACGAUAUACCUAUGUACUGCUUAAGUAUUUAAAUUGGAUGAAACUGGUCGUAAAAACUCAUAAUAACUUUUUUCCUGUCAGUUAUUCAGGUGCAUAUAAC